AUGAAGUUUGAGGACCCCGGCGAGAACAGAGCAGACCAGUGCGCUGUUCCCAGCCACCCCACCCCAGAGGCGGACGCAUCUCAGCUCCGGGUGAGCAACCUCUGGACAGUGGCGCUGUGUGGCUGUUCCCCAGCUGCCCCGCCUGGAGGUGGCUGCAUCUCAGCUCGGGGUCUGUCCCACCCAGACGCCCCAGCCAUGGGCAGAGCGCUGCUACCACAGGAUGACAUCAGGGAAAGGGAGCUCCAACCUCAGGGCCCCCUCUGGAGAGCAGGGGGUCCUGCCUCGCUGAGGGUCCUGAUCCUCGCUCUGCUCUGGAGGGGGUCCCUGUCCCAGCCACCGGGAUUUUCCCUGGCGGUGCCGCAGUCGGUGUCGGUGCAGGAGGGUCUCUGUGUUUUUGUCCCCUGCAACUUCACGUACCCAGCCUCGUAUGACACCGACAAUCCCUCAGCCCAGCUAUACGGACAAUGGUACAAGGAGCCUGCUACUGUGGGCCAGGAUCGUCCUGUGGCCAGCAGUCUCUCCAGCUGGGGGGUGUCGCAGGAGACCCAAGGCCGGUUUUGGUUGACAGGGGAUCCAGCGCACGGCGAUUGCUCCCUGCAAAUCAAUGAUGCCCGACGGACGGAUGCGGGGAUUUAUUUCCUUAGCAUCGAUAAAGGCUCGUUAGAUCACACUUACCACUCCAAUGCCGAUGGCACUGACUCUGUGCUCACGAUCUCCGUGGCAGAGCUGAUGGAGGAGCCAGAGAUCCAGAUCUCGCCGGCACGGGGGCUGCCAGGGACGCUCGUGGCCGGUAAGCCGGUGACUGUGACCUGCACGGCCCCUGGGCGCUGCUAUGGGUCCCCUCCCCGAGUCACCUGGAGGGGGCCGUUCAGCGACACAGCCCGGAACGUCUCAGCCCAGCUGGUGAACGGCACCUGGUCCCACAGCUCCGCGCUCCACUUCACACCCACCCUGGGGGACCAUGGCAAAGAGCUCGUCUGCACCGUCACCUACAGCUCAGCACAGGGACCUUCCACCAGCAGAACCAUUCAGCUCCUUGUCGGCUAUCCGCCUGGGCCCCUCAGCAUUGCUGGGACCCUGACCAGGAACGGACACCCCGUGCUGGAAGUGUCGAGAGCUGAGGGUGACGUGUCUCUGGAGACCCAGGAGGGCGACUCCCUGACCCUGAGCUGUGAGGCUGGGAGCAGAGCCGAGGCCACCCUGAGCUGGGCCAAGGGGCAUGAGUCCCUCAGCCCUGGCCAGGGAGGGGACGGGCACCUGGAGCUGUUGAAUCUCAGCAGAGGGGACGCUGCGGAGUAUCGGUGCUGGGCCAUGAAUUCCUAUGGGUGGGCCAGCCAGGCCCUGCGUGUGCACAUGCAGUCUCCAUCAGAUGGCCUCACUCCGGCAUUUAUCGAAUUCAGCUGCAAACUCGUCUUCGUGGCGACUGGAUUCAUCCUGGCCUAUUACCUCACCCUGCUCUAUUACAGAUGGUAA